AUGGCCUCAUAUGAAAUACACCUAAUUCAUAUAGGUGGAGAAAGUGACAGUGAUACUGAAAGCACUGAGCAAAUCUAUGAAGCAGUGAAUGCUAUUAGGGGAAAUGCACCUAAUGUGGAUCCAACAGAUAUCAUUCGCCCAAUUUUUUCUUCUGAUGAUGAUUCAGAGGAAGACGAAGACAAGGAUGAGGAUAUAGAAGAUGGUCAAGAAUCAGAAAAUGAAGAUCUAGAGGAAGAUCUUGUUGAAGAAGACAAAGAUGAAGAUUUAGAAGAUGGUCAAGAAUCAAAAAGUGAAGAUCUAGAGGAAGAUCUUAUUGAAGGAAGGGAAGACAAUCAAGAGUCAGAAAGUGAAUAUUUUUUUGAAAGAAAUGAGUUUGAACUAUAUAAGGAGGAAAGUGAAGAAGAGAAUCCCUCCUAUGACAAUGUGCUCUGCUUGCUGAAUCAAAUGUGUGAAGAUAUGUUAAUAACUGAAAAAAUGUUGAGGAAAGUGGCAGUCCGACAAGAAACUGUCAAAGAAGUUUGUGAAAAACUUAAUGUUAAUUUUGAGGAUGAACCAUUUCUCAAAGGGCUUAUUCUGCAUUUGAAUAAUAUUAUUCAAAUAGUUAAAGCUCAGGCUAUUGACAUUUCUGGGGGUCCUUAA